AUGGGAAGUUCAUGCAUAGACUCCUCCCAUGUGUUGCCUGAGAGGCCUCUAACCUCUUCAUCCAUUAAUAGAAAUCGGUCUCGUCGUGUGGUUUUCCUCUCGCUGCCGUCGCAAAAAAGGAAUACCAACAUAGUCUGUUGUAGUGUCAAUGGAAAUGCGAGCAGCUCCAAAUGGUGUUCUACUUCUCCCCUCUUCUCAGAUAGGUUAGACGUGCCGGUAGAAGAGGAUCAGGUGGUUUUCUCGCCUGAGAAGGCGAUCCACAAGGAUGUAGAAACAAUGAAUUCGACAUCUUGCAAGGAAGCAGAGGCUAGGACUGUUACUUUAAGAAGUGGUGAAGAAGGCAUUGGGAUUGUCAGAUUUCUUGGAGGCAAGAACUUUCUCAUCACUGGUGCAACCGGCUUCCUCGCGAAAGUUCUUAUUGAGAAGAUUUUGAGGACAAAUCCUUCUGUUGGAAAGAUAUAUGUCCUAAUCAAGGCCAAGGAUAAGGAAGCAGCAAUGAAGAGGCUGAAGACCGAAAUAGUAAAUACAGAACUCUUCAGAUGCUUACAAGAGAUCCAUGGAAAGAAUUACCAAUCUUUCAUGCUUAGGAAGCUUAUUCCUGUGGUAGGGGAUGUCAGGGUAGGCAACAUUGGCAUUAAGCCUGAGAUUGCCGAAAAGAUUUCUGAAGAAGUAGAUGUUAUAAUAAAUUCAGCAGCAAAUACCACUUUUGAUGAGAGGUACGAUGUAGCCCUCGACAUAAACACCAUAGGACCUUGCAGACUGAUGAGCUUUGCGAAGCGGUUUAAGAGACUUAAACUCUUCUUACAAGUAUCAACGGCAUAUGUGAAUGGGCAGAGACAAGGUAGGAUCUUGGAGAAGCCCUUUCGCAUAGGGGACACGAUAACAAAAGAGACAAAUUUGUCGAAAUCUGCAGCAAAACACACACCCAUGUUAGAUAUCGAGGCCGAAAUCAAGUUGGCGUUUGACUCUAGAAGGAAUUCUAGUGAUGCUUCUGCUGUUCAAGAGAUGAAAGAUUUGGGCUUAAAGAGAGCAAAGAUCUAUGGGUGGCAGGACACUUAUGUGUUCACGAAGGCCAUGGGGGAGAUGGUUAUAAACUGCAUGCGAGGCGACAUACCGGUGAUCACAAUAAGGCCUAGUGUGAUUGAAAGCACUUGGAAAGAACCAUUCCCCGGUUGGAUGGAAGGCAAUAGAAUGAUGGACCCUAUUGUUCUAUACUACGGCAAAGGCCAACUCACUGGAUUUCUCGCUGACCCCGAUGGAGUGCUUGAUGUUGUUCCAGCUGACAUGGUUGUAAAUGCAACUUUAGCAGCCAUGGCAAAACAUGGCUCAUGUGGGGAGCCAGGGAUGCAUGUCUAUCAUGUGGCUUCCUCUAUCGUCAAUCCCCUGGUGUUCCAAGACUUGGCUAGAAUUCUCUUCGAACACUUCAGUACAAAUCCUUGUGUGGAUAUGCGAGGGAGGCCAAUCCUUGUUCCUCAGAUGAAGCUUUUCAGCGACAUGAGCAAGUUCUCAACUUAUGUUUCUGUCGAUGCCGUGCAGAAGAGCAGCAGAGCAGCAGAGGCAGCCGGUGCUUCUACGCAGGAGAAGCUGUUGCAGAGAUUGAAGAACAUAUGCACGAAAUCUGUGGAGCAGGCCAUCUAUUUGGCUAACAUCUAUGAGCCAUAUACUUUCUAUGGCGGAAGGUUUGACAACACAAACACGGAAAAUUUGAUGGAUGAGAUGUCUGAGGAUGAGAAGAGGAGCUUUCCUUUCGAUGUUAGAAGCAUUGACUGGAAGGAAUACAUCUCCAAGGUCCAUAUUCCUGGACUGAGGAAACAUGUCAUGAAGGGAAGGGGCAUGUGUUCCAGGCCCCAGCUAGUGAACUCCUCAAUGUGAAAUUUUGCAGAUACACAUUCAGCAAUUACAGUAACCAUCAAGCACGAGAACUCCUGCUAAAACAGAUCCCGUGGCCAACCUUAUUUGAUAGGUCUUCUGAAAAUACACCGAGCUGGUUGUUUGUAUG